AUGAUUACUUUUGAUUCAAGCUCAGAGUUUGCUACUCUUGGAUCAGGAAAAGAUGUCUUAGACAAUCAGAUUAUAGAUGAAAAUUUACUGCGACUCGACUUGGCUACCAUCCGAGUAGCAACUGAUGACUUCUCUCCAGGCAAUCAGCUUGGAGAAGGUGGCUUCGGUGUAGUUUACAAGGGUGUACUUGAUUCUGGAGAAGAGAUAGCCGUGAAAAGAUUGUCAAUGAAAUCAGGACAAGGAGACAAUGAGUUCAUAAACGAAGUCUCAUUAGUUGCAAAACUUCAAAGAAGAACGCCAAAGGGAACAAACAGAACAAGAAAGAACACCAAGUGGUCAUAG